AUGGUGCUAAUAACAAGUGCCUCUUUGGUGAAUGCCGCAUCUGCGCUGGCGGUCCUCAGCCUUAUCUCCACCACGUCAGCGACAUCCCGGGGGUACAACUGUAAAGCUGGACAAUCUUGUUGGCCAUCGAACAAAGAAUGGGAGAGCUUCAAUAGCAGUUUAUCCGGAAACCUAUACCGCACGAUUCCCUACGCCGCAAGCUGCUAUUAUAGUUCUCAAUACUAUGAUCCUUCAGCCUGUGCUGUCGCCAGAGCGAACUAUACAACAAACCAGGCGCGAACUGACGUAUACGGUGCAGCAACAGGACUAAAUUGGGAAGUAUGCCGGUCCCAAACGUGUGCCCUGAAUGCUGAGCACUCGUCUGAGACCCUUUCCGAUGACUGCUCCCUUGGCCGACUAUCGUCUCUAUAUGUCGAUGCUCAUGAAGCGAAACAUGUCGUCACCGCCGUGAAAUUCGCCCAAAAGCAUAACCUCCGAGUCACCAUCAAGAACACAGGACAUGACUACUUUGGGCGCUCUACUAGUCCCAACACUCUUGCAAUCUGGACUCACAACAUGAACACUAUCAAGUAUCAUGAAGACUUUACUGCAUCCAAUUGUCCUGCUUCGAACGGUCAACAUAUCGGAGAGAUAGGAGCCGGUGCUCAGGCGGGGGACGUCUAUACUUAUUUCACCAAGUUCAACAUGGAUGUUACUGGUGGCAACGAAGGAUCGGUUGGCUUGGCUGGCGGCUUUGGUCAAGGGGGUGGCCACGGCGUCUUUGGUCCUAAGUAUGGUCUGAUGGUGGAUAACGCGGUCGAGUUUGAUGUCGUGACUUCAGACGGCCAAUUGCGAACAAUCAAUCAGUGCAAUGAUCCCGAGCUCUUCUGGGCUAUGCGAGGCGGAGGCGGAGGUUCCUUCGGCAUUUUGACAAGCUAUCGCUUCCAACUCCAUCCGGAGGUCAAGAUCAACGUGUAUCAGUUCGAGGCCAGCUUCACGACACAUGGCAACGAAACUGCCAAUUACGCUGCAUUGAAACAGGUUCUCACGCAACACGCAACCUACCAACCUAUCUGGUCACACAACAACGUUUCAGGACAUGCUUACUACUGGCCGAACAAAGCUGAAAUUUACCUGGUCCUGCCUUCGAACAACGAAACAGCUUUGAAAACCCUGACCAGUGGGUUUUCCUCCUAUUUGGUGAAUCGAACGGACGUUCGGGUUUCCAAGAGCACUUACGCGACCUAUACGAAAUAUACCGAAUUCCUACAGAUUACCAAUGGGAUCGCUGCCCAGUUCACACCGGGCGGUAUUUUUGAAGCUGUUGCAGGUCGCCUGAUGCCGCACACAUUAUUUGAAACCGACGGCAAAGUAACCGACUUGGUCGACGCCAUUCUUCAAGGAGUUCGCCUCAGCAAUAAGCUGGUCCCGGAUGGAGGUUCCGUCACCCAAGUCAUCAUGACCACACCUGUGAACCACCAAAAUGGCAAUACCACAAGUGCUAAUCCUGCCUGGCGCACGGCUCUCUGGCAUGUUCUCAUGACAGGUGGAUGGCCUCAGGAGCUUAGCGUGAAAAAUGAGACUGAAUUGCUCGAAGUAUGGUUGGAUACCGUCGAUCCACUGAAGGUUUUGACACCUGGUGGAGGAUGCUAUUUGAAUGAAGGUCAUUACUUGGAACCGGAAUGGCAGGAGACCUUUUUCGGGUCGAAUUAUCCUGAACUGCUUCGUAUCAAGAAGAAGUAUGAUCCUACCCAUUUCUUCGACUGCUGGAAAUGUGUUGGCUGGGAGGGACCGUCUGAGUAA